CACCUAUAUAUAUUACAUAUUUUAUGUAAGAAAAAACAUUCUCCAAAAACACUGUUUCCAUUACAAGCAAAGAAACAAACAACCUCCUUUCACUCAUAAUAUCUUAACCUUUCCAAACACAUUCAAACACAAAAACCAAACACAGCCAUUAUAAAAACUUCCACCACCAUGAUCAAACAGUGCGAGUACCACGAAAACGAACACCGCCACCUCAUCCGCCGCGUAUUCGCCGGAAUCCUCACCUUCAUAAUCCUCAUACUCCUCACUAUCUUCCUAAUCUGGAUCAUCCUCCAACCAACCAAACCACGUUUCCUUCUUCAAGACGCAACCGUCUUCGCCUUCAACCUCACCUCCACCGGCGAAACACCUUCCCUAACCACCCCAACACCAAACACUCUAACCCUCACAAUCCAAGUCACUCUUUCAUCCUUAAAUCCAAACUCAAAAAUCGGCAUUUACUACAACAAACUUGACGCAUACGCUUCCUAUAGAGGACAACAAAUCUCUCUUGCAACUGGUGUUCCAGAAACUUAUCAAGGCCACCGUGAUAUCUCCGUUUGGUCGCCGAUAUUAUACGGUUCGGCGGUUCCGGUUUCGCCUUACUUGUCAGAGAUUCUGCGGCAGGAUCUAACUUCAGGUGGAGUUUUAGUCAACAUUAAAGUCAACGGGAGAGUUAGGUGGAAGGUUGGGACUUGGGUUUCUGGAAGGUACCAUAUUGAUGUGAACUGUCCGGCGUUUAUAAGGGUUGCCGGCGAUAAAGGUGGUGACGGGUUCGGAGUUUCUGGUCCGGCGGUUAAGUUUCAGUUAUCACAAAGUUGUGUUGUUGAUGUUUAAGUAACGUUUAAGCAAAGUAAUUUGCUUUGUUUAUUAUUAUUAUUGUUAAUAUUCUAAUUG